AUGUCCAAUUCAUGGUUUAUGGUGAAAGCUUCUCGAUCUUGUGGAGUUCAAACUGAAGAGGAAGUAAUCUCAAGGGAACCUACUCUGCUUGUUAUGGUGGUCGGUGUUCCCAAUGUUGGCAAGUCAGCUUUAAUAAAUUCGAUCCAUCAAAUUGCUUCAUCUCGAUUUCCUGUGCAGGAGAAGAUUAAGCGAGCUACAGUGGGACCAUUGCCUGGUGUUACACAAGAUAUUGCCGGAUAUAAGAUUGACUUGCCUAAUCUGAUUAUAAUGGAGAUGUAUGGGGCGAUAGAUAAUGAGGUAGCCAAUGCUUUUCUUCCUUUUGGAGGAAUAAUUAGAGCUUUGCUGAAGAAACAUGGAGCGGAGAUUUCUUUUGAGAUAGAAUAUAAAGAAUCAAUGUUUGUGAUAUCUAGCAGUGCUAUUGCCCAUCACCCUAGCAUAUAUGUUUUGGACAGUCCAGGAGUAUUGGUUCCUAGUAUCCCAAACAUAGAAACAGGGUUAAAGCUAGCUUUAGCAGGGUCCGUGAAAGAUUCUGUGGUUGGGGAAGAGCGUAUUGCUCAGUAUUUACUAGCAGUUCUGAACACUCGGAGCACUCCCCUACACUGGAGGCACUUGAAUGGUAGAGGAACUGAGGUGCUUAAGUGUGAAUCUGAUGACAAAAAAGAGUAUAACCUCAGAGAUCUUCUGCCGAAAAGGAGGAAGCCCCAAAGUAACUCUGAUGUGCAUUACAUUGAGGAUAUUGUUACUGAAGUUCAGCGUGCACUAUACACACCUCUCUCGGAAUUCAAUGGUAGUUUGGAGAAUGAAAGUGAUCUGGAGAGCCUUAUAGAGCAGCAGUUUGAAGCGCUCCAGAAAGCAUUGAAGAUACCCCACAAGGCAUCUGAAGCUCGUACCAUGGUGUCAAAGAAGUUCCUCACUUUAUUCAGGAUAGGUAAACUCGGUCCCUUCAUCCUUGACGAUGUCCCUGAUGCCUCUAAUUCUCUAUCUUAA